AUGGCAACAAGAAACCAACGUUUAUCUUUACAAAUAGUCAUUGGUUUAAUUGCAAUGAUUCCAAUCUUUGUCGGUUUAAAUGGUAUUUUUCAAGGUCCGAAUGUGUUACUAAAAACUAAUGAUUAUUCUAUACAGGUAGAUAGUCAUUUGCGUUACUUGUCUGGCUUACGUGUUGCCAUGGGAAUCUUUUUAUUACGUAAUUUACCAACUAUUGAUCGAAAUGGUGAUGAUUUAUGCCGAGUUUCUUUAUUUGUAUUUAUUGGUGGAUUAGGACGUUUAUGGGGUUUAAUUACGAUAGGCUUCGAUUUUGAUGCAAUCAUAGCCGCUCUGAUUGAACUAUUUAUUCUCCCAAUUAUUUGUCUCUGGCAGAAUCAAAUAGAACGAAAGACUACACGAUUACGUCAAUAA